GCCUGUUCUGCUCUUUUAUCUGUUUCUUUGGAUGUUAGCCUCCCUUAUGUCUUGAACAUGACUCCUGUCCACCCUGGUGUUGCUCUCUGCAGUGUCAUGCUUCUUGAUUAUGUAAACCAAAUGAUGUUUAAGGAUCUUUGUAAAAGUGCUUGGGUCAUUCUGUUUUCACAACCUGAUUGUUGAGAGAGUGGAUCAAACCAGUAGUUCUACUGCUGCCAUAACAAAUUACCACAAACUCAGUGACUUAAAAAAAAAAAGAACAUUCAUUAUCUUAAAGUUCUGUGGAGUGGAAGUCUGACACCUGUCUUGUUGGACCAAGAUCAAUGGGUGGACCUGAAUUCUUUCUGGAGGCUUGGGGAGAAUUUAUUUGCUUGCCUUUGAGUUUUUGGAGACAGCCCACCUUCCUUGGCUCAUGGCCUUUGCUGUGGUUUGAAUGUUAUCUCCCAGAAUUCAUGAAUUGGAAAGUUGAUCCCCAGUCACAAGUGACUGAUACUUGGAGGUGGUGCUUUUGAUAGCACCCUCAUGAAUUGAUUAAUCUAUGGACUAAUGGACUAUUAAGGGGAUGGUUUGUUGUGAGAGUGAGCUCUCUCUGGAAAGCUUGUUCUGUCUUGUCAUGUGAUACCCUGCAUCACCUGAGGACUUUGCAGAGUCCUCACCAGUAAAAAGGCCCUCACCCUUGGACUUCUCAGCCUUCAGAAUUGCAAGAAAUAUGUUUCUUUUCUUUAUAAAUUACCCAGUCUCAGGUAUUUUGUCAUAGCAACAAGAAAGAAGACUAACACAGCCCCCUUCCUCCAUCUCCAAAGCCAGUACUGAACCUGGACUCAAAUCAAAAUGCUCUGAAGAACAAGAGGCACCUUUCCCGAGAGGCACUGCAUCAUGACCAGAGACAAAGAGCCUAUUAUCAGACAUUUUCGUUUUGUUUGCAUCGUGACCUUAAUCAUUGGAACCAUAAUCCAGUUCUCUGAUGAAAGCACAUUUGUAGUGGACAUGUCAAAAAGGCAUCUUACUCAUGUUCCAAGAGACCUGCCACCAGCAACUAAAGUCUUGGAUUUGUCUGAAAACUGUAUAUCUGACCUUCAGAUCUCUGACAUUAGCUUUUUGUUGGGGCUGGAAGUUUUAAGACUCUCCCAUAAUAGAAUCCAGACACUUGAUUUUAAUGUUUUUAAGUUUAACCAGCAUUUGGAGUAUUUGGAUUUAUCUCACAAUCAGUUGCAAAACAUAUCUUGCUACUCUGUCGUGAGUCUUCAGCAUUUAGACCUCUCCUUCAAUGACUUCAGCACACUGCCCGUCUGUAUGGAAUUUGGCAACCUGACACAGCUGAGUUUCUUAGGAUUAAGUGCUACAAAAUUCCAUCAAUUAGACCUACUCCCAACUGCUCACUUGCAUCUAAAUCACAUUCUUCUGGACUUAGGAGGAUAUUAUGUGAAAGAGGAUGAGGCAGAAAGUCUUCAAAUUCUGAAUACAAAAAUACUCCACCUUGUUUUUCGGCCAAAUAGUUUAUUCUCUGUCAAGGUGAACAUAUCAGUUAAUACUUUCGGGUGCUUACAACUGACUAAUAUUAAAUUAAAUGAUAAGAACUGUCAAGUUUUAAUUACAUUUUUAUUAGAACUCACUAAAGGUCCAAACUUACUGAAUCUUACCCUCAACCACAUGGAAACAACUUGGAAAUGCUUGGUUAGAGUUUUUCAAUUCCUUUGGCCCAAACCUGUGGAAUAUCUCAAUAUUUACAAUUUAACAAUAGUUGAAAACAUUGAUGAAGAAGGUUUCACUUAUUCUAAGACAGCGUUGAAAGCACUGAAUAUAGAACAUGUUACAAAUCAAGUUUUCAUUUUUUCCCAGACAGCGUUAUACACGGUGUUUUCUGAGAUGAACAUUGUGAUGUUAACCAUAUCAGACACACCUUUUAUUCACAUGCUUUGUCCUCAGGCACCAAGCACAUUUAAGUUUUUGAAUUUUACCCAGAAUGUAUUCACAGACAGUGUUUUUCAAAAUUGUUCCACUUUAGUGAGGUUGGAGACACUUAUCUUACAAAAGAAUGGAUUAAAAAAGCUUUACAAAGUAGGGCUCAUGACAGAACAUAUGCCAUCUCUGAAAACCUUGGACGUCAGCUGGAAUUCUCUGGACUCCCCUAGACAUGAGGAAGACUGCACUUGGGCUGAGAGCAUAGUAGUGUUGAAUUUGUCGUCAAAUGUGCUUACAGACUCUGUUUUCAGAUGUCUACCUCCCAAGGUCAAGGUACUCGAUCUUCACAAUAACAGAAUACAGAGCAUUCCUAAACAAAUCACGAAGCUAGAGUCUUUGCAAGAACUCAAUGUUGCUUUCAAUGCUUUAGGUGACCUUCCUGAGUGCGGCACCUUCAGCAGCCUUUCAGUGCUGAUCAUAGACCAUAACUCCAUUUCCCACCCAUCAGCUGACUUCUUUCAGAGCUGUCACAAGAUUAGGUCAAUAAAAGCGGGGGACAACCCAUUUCAAUGUACAUGUGAGCUACGAGAAUUUGUCAGGCGAAUAGGCCAAGUAUCAAGUGAAGUGGUAGAGGGCUGGCCUGGUUCUUACAAGUGUGAGUACCCAGAAAGCUACAAGGGAACCCCACUAAAGGACUUCCACAUGUCUCCAUUAUCCUGCAACACAGCUCUGCUGAUUGUUACCAUUGGGGCCACCAUGCUGGCGUUGACUGCUAUUGUGACCUUUCUCUGCAUCUACUUUGAUCUACCCUGGUAUCUCAGGAUGGUGUGCCAGUGGACCCAGACCCGGCACAGGGCUAGGAAUGUCCCCUUAGAGAAACUCCAAGGAAGUCUUCAAUAUCAUGCCUUUAUUUCAUACAGUGAACAUGAUUCUGCCUGGGUGAAGAGUGAAUUGGUACCUUGCUUAGAGAAAGAAAAUAUACGGAUUUGCCUCCAUGAGAGAAACUUUGUUCCUGGCAAGAGCAUUGUGGAAAAUAUCAUAAACUGCAUUGAGAAGAGUUACAAGUCCAUCUUCGUGUUGUCUCCCAACUUUGUCCAGAGUGAGUGGUGCCAUUAUGAACUCUACUUUGCUCACCACAAUCUCUUCCAUGAAGGGUCUAACAACUUGAUCCUGAUCUUGCUGGAACCCAUCCCACAGAACAGCAUUCCCAGCAAGUAUCACAAGCUGAAAGCUCUCAUGACACAGCGGACUUACCUGGAAUGGCCCACAGAGAAGAACAAACGUGGACUUUUUUGGGCAAACAUUAGAGCUGCUUUUAACAUGAAAUUAAUACUAGACGUUGAGAACAAUGACAUGAAAAGUUAAAAAAAGUUGGGGAAUUCAACUUAGGAAGCCAUUAUUAGUUGGACUCUGAUGAACAUUACGAUUUUAAGUUAUUUUCUGGAGGUGCUUCUGUUAUGAUUUGGGUAUAAAAUGUUCCCAGAGUCUCAUGUGCUGAAGGCUUUGGGGACAAAGUUAGAGGUGCUAUUGAGAGGUGACUACUGGGUCAUGAGGGCACAAACAGCACCAGUGGAUCAAUCCACUGAUAAGUUCGUACUGAAUGGGCUGUAAGAGGUGGGGCUUAGUUGAAGGAAGUAGGUCACUGGUGCAUGCCCUUGAAAAGCCUAUCUUGUCCAGGCCCCUUUCUCUCUCUCUCUGCUUCCUGGCCACUAGAAGGUGAGCAGCCUUCUCUGCCACAACUCCUGGUGCCAUGAUUUUCUGCCUUGCCUCAGGCCCAAAGCAACGGAAGCAGCCAACCUUGAACUGAAACCUCUGAAACCAUGAACCAAAAUAAACCUGUUCUCCUUUGUUUAUCUCAGAUAUUUUGUCACAGUGAUGCAAAGCUGACUAGCACAGCUUCCACUUUCUCCACAUCUUUGGGAAAGGCUUAGUAAAAGCCUUGUUUCAACUGAGCUAGGGAAUUAGGCUUGGGGUAGGGGGUGAAGGUGGUGUUCAUUUUGCCAAUUAGAGACGUUUAAUCUCUUCUGAUUUAACUGUUCACUCUCACAUGACUGAAUGAUCACUCAGGGAAAGGUCCCUCUCUUGUUUCCUUUCCCAAAUAGACUCUGUUUGAGCAGGAUUCUGUGUGGUUUCAUGCCAGCAGGAAGACAGUCACUCUCAGAAUUGUACACGCUGGUCCUUAGAGUAUCCUAUGGUCCUCAUUGGUCUCUCAGUGAGCUUUAUCAUGUGGUCACCCUUGGGACUUUAGAAAAAAUUUGACCACUUAUGGAAUAUAUGAAAGCAUUUUUCCCCACAUCUGAGUAAUAGCUGAUGACUAUUUUGACCCUACUACACAAAUAUCUAAUAACCAGUGGGGAGUCAUGGCAUAACAAUGUAUGUAUACAUAGAAAAUAUGGCCUUAAUCAUAAACUAUUGAGGUGAAAGACAUGGGUAUCCUUGCUUGCCAAGGAAACUGAAAGCCAAAUUUAGUGUAACUUGAUAUUGAAUAAUAUUUUUUUUCUGCUUGUUUUAGAAUUUUGGCCAACGUACAAAGCUGGCAAAAGGCAAUUUCCUUCCACAUUCCAGAGAUACCAGACAUGGGUAGCCUGGACUUCCUAAAAGAGCAGAAAGAGGCCAGUAAUUAUCAGCCCAUAUUACCAUCUCCAGAAGACUAGAUUCAAAAGAGUGUUUAGAGAGUCAUUAAAUGGAGGUUCUGGAUCCUGGGGAGGUGGCUUUGAAUUUCUCUCCAAGGCAAGCAAAAGAAGCUGUAACAUCAUAGCAAAGUAGCCUGAUGUCUCACCUCUAGACUGAAAGCUGGCAGAGUAAGAGUUCAGCACAGCAGACAGAGUGUGGUGUGAGAGCUCUUGGGAAGUGUAGUGAAUGUACCCUAGAGUGCAGGGAUGGUGGGGAUUGUGACAUGGGGACUGGUAAGUAGUGCUCAGAAAACAUAGGUGCUGGGUAAGUAAUUAAUGAGUGAACAAGUAAUUGCUUCCUUCUUGAGGAAUUCAAAGGUGAGAAGUUGGCAUGGGGAGCCCCAAAUGGUGAGAGAAGGGAAGCUAUUGUAGCAACCUGCUCUUCCAUUUUUGGCAUGACAAAAGCAAAUGAAUUUCCUGUGUGCCAUGCUGUGCAGGAGAAGGGUAGUUGCAUUUGAGUUGCUGUGGUGAUGGGACCUCAGCUAAUAAGGCAGCCUGUUGUGCAAAGGGACUGUGGCACC